CCGCCGCCGCCGCCGCCGCCUCCUCCUCCGAGCGGGGCCCAGGCCCAGCCGCCGCCACCACUGCCGCCGCCGAGCUCCGCCGCCGCCGAGCACCAUGGGAGACGCCGGGAGCGAGCGCAGCAAAGCGCCCAGCCUGCCGCCUCGCUGUCCCUGCGGCUUCUGGGGGUCCAGCAAGACUAUGAACCUCUGUUCCAAAUGCUUUGCUGAUUUUCAAAAGAAACAACCAGACGAUGAUUCUGCCCCAAGUACAAGUAACAGCCAAUCAGAUUUGUUUUCCGAAGAGACCACCAGUGACAACAACAAUACCUCGAUAACCACGCCAACUCUUAGUCCCAGCCAGCAGCCGCUUCCGACAGAACUGAAUGUAACUUCACCAAGUAAAGAGGAGUGUGGGCCAUGCACAGACACAGCUCAUGUCUCGUUAAUCACACCAACCAAAAGAUCCUGUGGUACAGAUUCACAGUCUGAGAAUGAGGCUUCGCCAGUGAAACGGCCACGACUACUGGAGAAUACUGAACGAUCCGAGGAAACGAGCCGAUCUAAACAGAAGAGUCGACGCCGGUGCUUCCAGUGCCAAACCAAACUGGAGCUGGUGCAGCAGGAAUUGGGAUCGUGCCGCUGUGGUUACGUGUUCUGUAUGUUACAUCGCCUCCCCGAGCAGCAUGACUGUACAUUUGACCACAUGGGCCGCGGCCGAGAGGAAGCCAUCAUGAAAAUGGUGAAACUGGACCGGAAAGUGGGGCGCUCCUGCCAGCGCAUCGGGGAGGGGUGCUCCUGAAGGCCAGGCACGGCCACCACAUGACGCUGUUCUUAGUUCACUAAUGUUAGCCUUAUUUAGGACAAAGUCAGCCAGACACCUUGUACUGGGCACGCGUCAGACUACAGCCAGUCCGUUUCCUUUCUUUAGCCAGCCAUCCUGGUACUGUAGUUUAGGGAUUGAUGGUGGUUGAAAUUGAUUUCUGGCUGGUUACUAAGGUGCCUGCUAGCCAUUGUAUAAAAUUAAAACAUGAAGAAUAUUUUUUUUGAGCAUGGCUAGUGGAUUUAAAACAACACAUACCUGUCACUGCUGGAGUCAAACUUAUAAAAGCCUUAAGUGGAAAGUGUUCCAGACGGAGACUCUGAGUUAAUAGAGGAGUAGAAGCUGGUGUUAAAGUUCCCACGACGCACAUGGCUUUGCCAGAAACUCUGGUUAAUGUUCGGCCUUUCACCUCUUCACUUAUCCUUAGUCCCAGUAGCCAGGAUCCCUGAUGGCCACGCGUGCCUGGGCCACAGGAGGCUGCUGAGAUUGGCCACAUGGCUGGGCUGGGUGGUGGCCUUGCUCUCCCACAGAGCUGGAAAUGGGGGUGGGGGGCAGGUUCUCAUGAAAAUUUUUUAUCUGACUUGCUAUGAAAAAACUCUCUCAUCACGCGAGAAGAGAAACGGUAACCUCACUUUGAAAAUUAGCUCCACUCAAGACUAGUCCACGAAGGAGACCCACCUUUUCUACACAGGACCCAUGGUUGUGAGAAGUCACCGGGGCACACCCCGACUCCACUGGCUCUGGUUUGCCAUUUGCCAAGUGCAGGGAUCUGGCAGUUGAUCAAAUAAGGCUAAUUGCAGCACAGCAGCUGCGGUGGGGUCUACAAACUGGCCUCUGCAGCUAGAUUUCUAUAUUGGGAGUUUUUUAAAAGACGUUUCAUAGCUGACAGGAAUCAGUAGAAGUCCUGGGGAGCACCUGGGGAAGCUGCUGCCUUUCCAGCAGGAGCCUGCUCAGCCCCUCUCCCUCUAGGGGCCAAAAGGAUGGUGCCGUGGUCUCACCUCCCGUGUCUGUGCGCCCCCUAGUCCAAGGAUAACCAGUCCACAUCUACCACACAGCCAGUUUAGUAAGGGCAGGCAGCGUAUGCCACAGGGACUGCGGGUUUGAGCUGUCUAGAACAGUGGUUCGUGGCCGUGGCCCAGCUCUGAGAGAAGCAUUUUCUCUGGCGGGUGGGGGUGGGAGGGCAUAUUUCUCAGCCUGUGCCUCUUCUCUUGGGCAGAGAGGAGUUCAGUGGCUGCAGUAGCUCAGGCCAGGUGGGGAGGGGUGAGGAUGGGCCUACUUGCCUGUGUUAGGAAGUAAAUCAUCACCAGUCGGGGGGGUGGAGUCAGUAAACAGGACUAAGAUUCCCUUGAAAGCCUGAGCAGGGGUGAGUGGCCCCGAGCUCCUGUCUCAUCCAGGUCAGUGAGAGUCGGAGGCUCCUGCAGGGGCAGUUUGAGUCUGCCCACACAUGGGGUACUGGAAUAGUUUAACCCAGCAACUUUCCCUUUCAUACCACAGCAAACGUUCAGCUCUGUCUGCAAAUUAACAGCUAAACACCUGCAACUACAAAUAUUUUUUGAUCUGAAGUACUGAAAUAGGAAAUCAUGCUCUUCCCAACCUCUUCCUCCCACCCCACCCAAACCAGAGUGGAAUCCACUGCAAAAUCUCCAGCCUUAAUUCUUGCUUCAGGACCCAGACCGGUGUCUUGCUCUAGGGCAGCCCAGGGCAGAGGGGUCAGGUCUGCCCGCGUUUACCACUGUUGUCAAGCCACGACCCUCUGGCCAGUGCAUGGCCAUCCUCAGUGAGGCAGCCCCACCUAGGCCCCCUGCCAAGCUCUGAUCUCGAAGAGGCCAUCCACACGCCCUUCAGGCCCUCCUCAGGUCCCAUCGGCUGCUGCUGUGGCAGCGAUGGGGAGCCCGGCGGCACACAGGGCUCGCAGCCCAUGUUCACUUCCUGAUGGUAGAGCUGGGGUGGGGGGAAAGGGCUUGUUCCCCUGCAGUAUCUGUUCUGUGAAGUUUGUUAAAUGUAAGGAAAGCUUAAAUUCUUGUAUCUUUAAAAGAGAAAAUCUUAUUUAACCCUUUUGUGUUCUAGAUUUACUUACACACAUAGCCUAGAGCUCAGUUUUAGUUUUAACAUUGUGAAAAUAUUAAAAGAAUCUUGUAACUUUAUUCUUUUUUCUCCUGCUGAAAAAAAAUUAAACCAAUCGUAUGAAA